GAAGCGAUUUUCAUAUAUACGUUUAGAAUGUUGACAUCGACUCAAUUACCGAGCAAAUCAGGGUGGAUCCCAUGCAGUCAUUCGAAAUUUUCCUUUCACAAGUUGAUAGAAGAUUUUUACAAACUACUGAAGUUAUUUCCGCAUCCUUGUCUCUUUUAUUCAGCGCUUAUUUCACUUGGUUUGCAACAUGAGUUCAAACUUCACCAUCAGCCUGUUUCUACUUGCCGCAAUCGCAUGCCUGUCCCAAGGAUGCUGUCCUGAGAGAUUCAUGCAAGUCGGUAACCGGUGCUAUUAUUACAACUCCGACAAGGUGGAUUGGCACGAUGCACGCCAUGCAUGCAACCGACUUGGGGCGCAUCUAGUCAGCAUCCACAACUAUGAGGAUAGUAGAGAGGUCUAUGUUCUAUGGAAGAGUUUAGUCGAUGAGAGUUGGGACAAGGCCUAUUGGAUUGGACUACAUGACGUGCAAAACGAAAACUUCUUUGAGUGGAGUGAUGGGACCCCUAUGGAUUACUCCCUGUGGUAUCCCGGCGAACCUAACAACCACAGGGGAGAAGAUUGUAUUUCUCCCCUUAACCGAGGUAGCAAUGACUUUGACAGGCAGAAGUGGAAUGACUUCCCCUGUGGAACCAGGAAACCCUACUUCUGCCGCAGAUCUGCCACCUCCUAAAUCGCUACCAAUGGUCCCUAUAGAUCAAAUUGGUUGUAUAGAGGGGAGAGAUCUUACCUCUGCUAAAGACCAAACAUCUCCUAAAUCACUUCCAAAUCUCCCCCUUUAAUCAAUUACCAGGGGCGGCGAU